AGAAGAAUCGGGGUGGUGGGGUGGGUUUUUUUGGGAGGAGGAAGAAGACGACAACAACAAAAACAAAUAUCGUGGUUUGUUUUGAACGGAGCAGGCGGCGUCGUCGACGAGGAGGUGGUUUUAGUCUUUGUUUUGAUUUUGAGUCGUCGCGACGAUGAGCUUCGGAACGAGCGGAAGUGGGGCGGAUUUGCACUUUAGGGCGCUGCCUUUCUUGGAUAAGAAAUGGAUCAAGGCGGAUGUAAGUGCGGCGCUGCGGAGUCCGGAGGAUUUGGCCAAUCUGUGGAACCACCUGGUGCAGGAUGAGGAAGUGGUCACGGCCCGGUUGCAGACUUCGGUCAACGCGGCCGGGGAUGUGGCGUACGCCCGGCCGGAUGGGAAGUACUACUGCGGAGUGCAAUCGCUGAGUUGUUCCUGCUGUAAGGGCGUGUGCAGCGCGAGUGCGAGCUGUUCCUGUUCGGCGUGCCAGAUUUUGGAAGCGGAGGAAGGACCUGCCAAGAAGACGCCGCCCGGCUGUCAGCUGCAAACCAGUCAGAACCAGAACCAGUGCGAGACGCCGGGAGGAUGUUCCGGGACGAUUCUGGACUCGUGGCUGUGGAGUCCCAUUCCAACAAUCGACGAAAAGCGAAUCUGCAGCCGGAAGUUGAUCGCGGAGCAGCGUGAAAUCUGCCUCCAAGCAGCGGCUAAUUGUCUGUCGGCCACGCGCACCAAACAACUUCUCUACGUUUAUCGGAGAUAUUUCGUGGCUCUGCAGCGGUGCAAACCCGACGAAAAGACAAUCGCGACCGCGGGGGAUGAAAAGGCCGCCUCGGAGCAGAUGGUGGCCAGCGAGAUGGCGACGGAUCCGGCCAAGUUGAGUAAAAACUCCAGCUUCGACCGCGACCCUCGCGCCUCCGCCACCACCACCACUACAACCCCUCUGAAGGACUGCGACAAGGCCACCUUUGGGUUGGCCCGCGUCGGAACCCGUGCCGCGCUCAACUUUUCCUUCGCGUUUCUACGCCGCGCCUGGCGCUCCGGCGAAGAUGUGGAACUGUGCUCGGAGUUGCUUUCCGAAGCGCUUGAAGCGCUUCAAACCCUGCCGGAAGCGUCCCUCUUCGAUACGUCCCAGAUGUCGUCGCUGUGGAUCGAGGUGGUGGAGAAGUCGAUUAAAUUCUUGCGGCAGGUGGUGCUUGGGGACGUUAUGGGGGGGAGGUGUUUGGUGCCGAAGGCGGAUCGUCACAUUGCGUUGAAUUUGCUGCUGGAGUUGGGCGCGCAGAAGGGCACGCUCGGCGGCUCGUUGGAAGGCAUUUCGUUGCUGUUGACGCUGCACGAGAAGGACCAGGAGGAGCAGGACGAUAACCGGAGUCCGCCGUUUGGGAGUUCGGGGGCGCCGUUGGUGCCGCUGUUGAAGCGGUACGAGCAGAUUGAUAGCUUCGCGGCGUCGGCCACGGAUUCGUUUCACUUUGGACCGACGGAGUCGUUUUUGCGGUUUUUGACGCUGCCCGAGUCGGAGACGGCGACGGUGGAUUUGAAACAGGCGGCGGUGAUCAUCGUUAGUCAUUUGGAUCGGCUGGCGAAGCCGCACCUGCCGGCGGGGAACUACUCGGCGAAGGUGAACGCCAAGACGAACUCGGCGCAGAAGAUCUUUACGCUGGGGUGGAGCUCGUGCUCGCCGGAAAUGUACGGAUUUACGUCGGAGGCGAGCAACGCGUCGGCGCAGCUGUUGGCGGGGUCCGUUCCGAGGUAUUCAACCGCAACGAUCGAACUUCCUCCAAGUCUGCAGGUUCGCCAGGUGGCCUGCACCGAGAACAGCAUCUACAUCGUGACCACCAGCGGUCAGCUCUACUCGAUUCACUCGAGCUGCGCGGAAACCGUUGCGCCAAAGUCGGUUGAGGGAUUGGAGGGAGUGAGCGUGAUCCAGAUUGCGGCGCACUGCGAGGGUCGGCACGCGAUGGCGUUGAGUUCCGCGGGGGAAGUGUACUCGUGGGGUGCCGGGGAGGGUGGUCGGCUAGGGCAUGGUGAUACCGCGUCGAAGGAAGUGCCCACGAAGAUUGUGUUGGAGAAGCAAGUUACGGCGAUCUACGCCGGGGCGAGUUACAGUGCGGCGGUUAGCAGUGUUGGGGAGUUAUUUACGUGGGGUCGUGGAACUUACGGGAGGCUGGGUCAUGGCAACUCGGACGACAAGUUCGUUCCGACGCAGGUGCAAGCGCUGAAGGCGUACAAAGUUGUGGACGUGGCGCUUGGCAGUGGUGAUGCCCACUCGAUGGCCGUUACGGACGGUGGACUGUUGUUUGCUUGGGGAGAUGGGGAUUUUGGAAAGUUGGGGAAUGGAUCGUGCAAUGGAUCUCCGCUACCCGUGCAGAUUGAAGGAGUUGCGAAUGUCGCCAGGAUCUACUCCGGAUCGCAGUUUAGUGUGGCGCUGAGUUACGACGGGACGUUGUACAGCUGGGGCAAGGGUCACGGUGGACGGUUGGGACACGGCAAUUCAGAACAUUCGAACGUUCCCAAGUUGGUGCACGCGCUCGAGGGGAAGAAGAUCGUCGACGUGGCCGUUGGUUCGGCGCACUGUUUGGCGUUGACCAGCUCGGGAGAGCUGUACGGUUGGGGAAGAAACGACUACCAGCAAAUCUGCCCGUCCGGAGUCUCGCGAGACCCGAUCAUCACAACUCCACUACUAACAACCCCGCCAACGCUUCGAAUCUCAGGAAUGACCUGCGGAGCGGCCCAAAGUAUCGUCUGGUGCGCGUCGUCAACGCUCGGAGUCGCAUCCAAAAUCCCGUUCGUCGUAGAUCUCAGCGAGCACACGUUCCGCCAGCUGGACCAACUGCUCUGCAUGGUCUGCCCGGGAACCGGCCCCGGAGACAUCCGACACCCACCCAGUCAAGAAGCCGAGUGCAUCGCAGUAGCUUCGCUGAAUCUCCUGCGUCUACAACUCCACGCCAUGAUUGUCAACAAUGUCCCAGCGAGGGCCGUCGGUCUCGUGGAAGGUUCCCGCCUUCUAGCAAGUCUCAAAUCCCGCAUCCUAACGCUCGCCGGAGGUCCGGUAGUCCUAAAAACUAUGCAGGAAGCCGCCCAGUGGACACUCCAAGUCGGGUGGUCCAUCCUCCUGCCAACCGCGUCGGAACGUGCCCAAACCCUAACUUCCUUACUCCCAGUUGGCCACGACGCGGCCGCAAACGCCACCAGCAGCAACUCCAGCUCCGGUCACCGCUUCAUGACCGACCUGCUCGUCGGUUCCCUCAUGGCCGAAGGCGGUCUCCAAACCGCCCUCAACCAGGCCAUCAACGCUCAACGCUCGCAAGACUGCGGUUCCGGUUCCGGCUCAACCCAUCUGUCCCUGCUGCAUCUGCUCAAGCAGCUACUUCGCAACAAUUCCAGCCUAACUCAGGCCCGCCUCGGCCAGCUCAUGCUCGGCCCGUAUCUCAAGACUGAGGAAGCAUUCAGCUCUCCGGAACCACCCUCGCCUAGUCUCGAUCUCCUGCACAAGUUCCAGCGGCUCCUGCUCUCCUACAUCUACCAGUCCAAAACCGAUCUCGAUCUCAGCGGAGCCGAAGCCCUGCUCGACACCUACAUCCAACAGGUCGUCACGGCCUGCGUCACAACCCUCAACAAAGCCCACGAAACCAUCCUCCAGGGCAAAGAAGGCGUCGCCGAAAUACUCGAAUCCGACAUCUCCGACGCCCUCCUCUACGAACUCCUCAUCGGACUGGUGCUCAUCCAAAAGGAAAAAUCCCUCUUCCUGUCCUCCUUCGACUGGAACAAACACUUCAUCCCCCUUCUCCACUCCCUCGACAACUUCAACCGCCUCACCCACGAAGGCGAAGUGCACGACUCGGACGACAUGGGCUGGCCCGGCAUCAUCUGCCGCGGCACCGCCAAAUCACCCCCCGUCCAGGAGGAAACCCUCCUCAUCCGCCGCUCCGACAUCGAGAACCACUGCGCCGACGGCGGCAACUGGGUCAUCAUCAACGGCAACGUGUACGACGUCGCCGACUACCAACCCGAAUCCCCGGCCACCCAGGAAAUCCUCCAACCAACCCGCGACAUCUCCCUCGAAAUCAGCAACCCCCAACACCGCACCGCGUUCGAGUUCAUCACCUCGUUCCUCCGCGUCGGCCGCUUCGCCAUCAACGAAAUCUGCGACAAAGACAACGCCCCACGCCAGCUGACCACCCUCACCCACUUCCACUCGGAGUGCAUGCUUGCGUACCUGCUCGGCCUGCGCUCCAACAUCCUCCAGUCAGCAUCCCCCCUCCAACCAGCGGAACUCCAGUGCAAAAACCUCCUCAACUCAACGAUCCUCAGCGGAGGACUGCAAGUCCUCCAACCGAGCAACCCCUUCGACGAGGAAAAGGGCGAAGCCCGCAGUAGCGGAUCAACCGCCGGAAGUACCCCAACGGACGCAUCCAGCCAGAUCCCAAUCGCGGACGUCCCCCAGAUGGCCAACUGGCCGUCGGUGCUAAUCUCCCACCGUGUUGAGAGCAUGCUCGCCCAACUGGGUGAGGGAAAGCUAACGGAUCCGUUGGUGGCGUCGUGGAUUGCGAUUUGUGAGCGGUUCUGCAAGGAGAAUCACCUGAUUUGGCACCAGGAGUUUCCGCCGGAGCAUCCGGUGAUGGAGCUGGAGAGACUGUUGAUGGCGGUGCUGAUUAGGCAUCAGAAUUUGGGACCGUUGGCGCUGGCGGUGGUGGAUCGGGAACUCUCCGGCAACUGCUCGAAGCCCCCGCCGCCGAUCGUCACCAUCAUCAAGCAGGUCCACCAGACCAAGUGGAGCAUCGUGAAGAUGCGCCAACAGCUGAACCGCAGCUACAAGGAGGUGUGCGCUCCGAUGAUCGACAAGUGUCGCUUCCUGCUGUACGAAAUCCGUCCGGCGAUCAGUCUGGAGCAGCACGGCCUCGGGAAUCUGCACAUUCUGCACAAGCUGCCGCGGUUUAAGGCGCUGGUGCGGCGAAUCAUCACGGAGAUGAGGGCGGCCAAGAAGCAGCUGCUGACCUGUGCUAAGCCGGAGGACAUAUUGAACGUGACGAUUCAGAGCCAGUUUACGUCGUCGGUGACGAAGAUCCAGUCGCAGGAGAAUCUCAGCUGUAAGAAUCAGUCGACGGAGAAUCUAGUCAACGAGAGUCUGAUCAAGGUGGCGAGUUUGGAGAGUUUGAACGCCGGGGGGAGGGAUCGAUCGGCGUCGCCGGUGAUUUUGGCCGCGGUUCAGAAGGUCAACACGGCGUCGGAUGAGAAUCUGCUGAAUGUGGGAUGUGUGAAUGAGGUUGGAGUUGGUGGUGGGGAUGCUGAUGGAGGUGGGGACAAGAAGAUUCCGAUUACAAGUGAUGAGAUCAAGACGCCGACGAACGAGCUGAUCGAUUACAACAACUCCAAGAUGAAGAAUCCGGAUGGUGGGGAUGAGUUCAUCAAUAAUGUGAUUGCGAGCUUGAGUGAAAAGUGCUUGAUUGAGUCUUAUCCGGCGGAGUUCAAGAACGGCGUCAGCCAGCAGAUUGUGGACUUUAUUCUGUACGACCUGUGCGACGUUGAGACCUUGAGAAGGGCGUUGUACUGCCAGAUUCAGCGCUACCAGAUUCGCAAGCAAGGUCUUGAAAUGCUCUACGAACUCCUAAAGAUCCCCGGACUCUUCGACGCCGCCCAGUACAACCUGUUCAACGGUUAUCUCGGACUCCACGCGUCCAAAUCCGACACGACCCAAAACUCCGAGCACAUUCUCGAGAAUCUCAACAUGAUCACGGCGUUCCAAAAGGCGGACAUUCUGAUUGCCCAAUCGAAGAUCAUCGAGUGGACCGUGGCGGAGCUGCAAAAGUACGUCAACCAGGAGAAGAUCAACGGUCGCCACCGGAACCACGGCGAAAAGGACAACUCCAACCUGGGGACGUACGUGUUUCUCAAGAAGCUUCCACGGGCGCGAUUCCUGCUCAGCAUUUUUGGAAUUCUCUCGAGAACGUACGAAGCAAACGAGCUGAGUCUGCUGAUCAACUCGGGCAUUCUGGGCACGAUUAUGGGUUUGCUGCGGCAAACCGGAGCGGAUCUUCCAAACACCAAAAACAACACGGACAUUUCCGUGAUUUACGAGGACGUGGUGACGAAUCUCAAAUCAUCGAAGGAAGGACUGCCCGGGCCAGAGUUGGCCAAGCUGAUGAAGAUCGGGACGAGGAUCGCGCGCGGAGCGGAUUGGAAGUGGGGAGAGCAGGACGGACCAGGAGGAGAGGGACGGAUCAUCAGUGAGAUUGGAGAGGAUGGCUGGGUCCGCGUCGAAUGGGACAACGGCUCCACCAACUCGUACCGCAUGGGCAAGGAGGGCCAGUACGACCUGCGGCUUGCGGACAGUGCCCUCAAAGCGCUCUCGCCGGACAAGGACAGCGAAAAGGAAGACUUUAUCGACCAACAUCUGUACAACGAGUCCCAUCCGACGAAGCUGCUGCGCAACGUCUGCAUCAAAACGCUGCAGAUGUUGUUCGCUUCGGUUGGGAUGCAUGCGGAAAAGAUGCAGCAAAACUCGCUUCGGAGUGUGGCGUCCAUGUUCCGGGCGAUUCUGACCAAUCGGAUAACGUAUUACAACUUUGCGCUGGAGCAGUGGACGACGUUAGGGUUUUUGAGAGCGAUUUCUUCGUCGAAAGCGCUUUCGAUGCAUUUGACGUCGCCGGUUUGGGUCGAGUUGGCGUUUGAGAUAUUGAACUCGCCGAUCACGUGCAAGAAGGACGUCUACAAGAAGUUGCACUGUUUGCGGCUGCUCCAGUCGACGCUGGUCAAUUGGACUGGUGAGGAGUCGCAUCGGGUCGAUGAUAUUAUCGUGAAGUUGUUUGACGUGCUGGGGAAGAUUAGUUUGUACUGUCCGAAUGACUUGUCGCUGUUGAACAACGCGGUGGAUAUCAAGAGCAGGGUGUUGUACAGUGCGUCGCACACGGGAACGAUCGCGGAGGAGAUCAUCGUGCUGAUCCGGAAGUUGCACACGUUGCCGCUGUGGAACGAGAACAUUAAUUCGUUUAUCGCGCAGAAGUUGUGUCUGGUGGCGGAUGUUUUUCUGGUGAGCGAGCUGGAGAUUAACUUUGAAGGUGAAAAGGCCUCCAUCAUGGGCGCCCUCUGCACGAUCGGGGGCUGUGACUCGCGGCCUCGCUUAGGUCUGAACCUAACCCUGGACGGUGUCCGCGGAACGAUCUCCCGCAUGACCAAGAAGGGCAAGGUGGUCAUGAACGUGCACGCGCAAGCGGAGACGAAAAAGAUCCCGAUCUUCAAGGUGUCGGAGUGCGCGGACGUGGGCGCGUUCAGCCUGUCCAAGCUGACGAUCAACGAGAUGCUGCUGAACUCGUGGGCCGUGCUGUUCUACGGGAUUGGCCAGACGCCGAUGAACGUGGCGAACAGCAUAAACAUGGGACUGCUGCAGACGCAGCAGAUCAACUUUAGUGCGCUGAAGGCGACCAAGGUGCUGUUCCGACAUCAAAGCUUGCUGAGAAAGAUUUUGAGGCAGCGAUCGCCGGGCAUUACGCGCAGUUCCUCGAAGGAUAGCUUGUCGGAUCGGGACGGUAGUCCGGAGGAGGGCAAGCCUCGCAGUGAGUCGAACACCUCGGAAGAAUCGCAAGCGUACACGGAACUGUUGAUCCAGACGAUCUUGCUGCGGGCUACGCAGCCGAGUCCGUUGAAGGCCUGCUACUCGUUCCAGGAGAUGGAACUGGCGGCGUUGAACAUCUCGCAGAUGUUGGCAAGUCACGUGCACAACGAGUUGAACGCACCCUCGAACAAGCGAGCGUUCCCCGUCAGUCAAGCGACCAUGAUCCACGGAGUUCCGAUCUACAACAACGAGUCGGCACUGGAAGACGCGCAGACGCCUUCGGGGGCGGAAGCGGCCAUCAGUGGAGCUUCGACGGGUCGUGGGACGGCUAGGCGGAGUCCACCGAGUGCGUUGGUGGCGCAGAUCAUGGAGAUGGGAUUCACGCGGAAGUCGGUGGAGACGGCGAUCAAAAGUUUGACGCUGCACACGAACAUUAAGCCGACUGCGGAGCAGGUCGUGCAGUGGAUUCUGGAACAUCCGGACGUGACGGCGAACCUGGGUGGGAAGGGAGAUGACAACGAUGCCCAUAGCGAUACGGAGAGCGUUAGUUCGGACACGAUGGAUGGCGGGUCGUCGCUGCACGAUUCGCAGCAGGUCGUGUACAAGUCGCGGGAUGACUUCAAGUCGGCUGAUCAGUACGCGAUCUACGUGCGUGGGUUGAUCUGUCCGGGGAUGUUGGUACGAUGCUGUCAGGACUUUGAAGAGAUCCGGAAGGGUGAUAUCGGGACGGUGCUGAAGGUUGAACCGGAAGGUUUGCACGAUCUGAACGUCAGGGUUGACUGGCAGAUGCGCGAUCGACCGUACUGGAUGUGCUUCGUGCAUUUGGAAUUGCUUGAGGCGCCACCGUCAGAGAAUAGCGCCACGAUCGGGGUAGGAUCGCAGAUUCGGAUAAGAAAUACGCAGCACUUCCGCUAUCGGUUGAACACAAUCCCACGGGGAAGUAUCGGGACGGUAACUUCAGUCAACGGUACAGAGGUGACCGCGGAGUUCCCCCAGCAAACCGUUUGGAACGGUCACCUGAACGAGCUGGAGUUGAUCUCGAACCCGUUGAGCUUUGGAGGUUCCGGCCAGGGUGUCUUCGACAUCAUCGACGACUGGUCACGCUGCAUACGAUCGCUGACCGUUUCUUCGAACGAAUCAUCCGCCAAGUACCUACUCGAUCGCAGUACCAACUACUGGCAGAGUUCAUCAACGCAGGGCAAACACUGGAUCCGGCUGGAAAUCCACGAUCAAGUCUUCAUCCAAACCCUGUCGAUCAACGUCGAUCCGGACGACUACUCGCACAUGCCGUCGCUGGUCGUGAUCCGCGGUGGAGACUCCGUCGCAACCCUCAAGGAACUCCACUGGGUCUCGAUCAACCCGACGGAUGUGGUCGUCCAACUCCUAAACGACUGCAAGCAGUACUACGCGUGGAUCGAGAUCCUCGUCAAGCAGUGCCGCAACAACGGCAUCCAGUGCAAGAUCCACGGACUCAACAUCAUCGGCAAGCGCAAGCAGACCGACCUGGAGAUGAUGCUCCAGAACGCGUCCUUCCUUGCGACGGAAAACGACUCGGCGGCGGAGCCGAGCUACUCGACUUCAUCCAAUUACGCCGACGAGCAGUCCUCGAACGAGAUCAGCUCCAAGGUGCUGGUUUGGGGUCUGAACGACAAGGAGCAGCUUGGUGGACUCAAAGGUUCCAAGGUGAAGCUCCCCACGUACUCUUCGGUGCUGAGUCAACUCAAGCCGAUACACAUCUCGGGCGGGUCGAAGUCACUGUUCAUCGUAUCGCAGGACGGCAAGUUGUACGCUUGCGGCGAAGGAACCAACGGACGGCUCGGACUCGGUCACAACAACAACGUACCGACUCCGCGGCAGGUGCCGAUCUUGAACCAGUACGUGGUGAAGAAGGUGGCGGUUCACUCUGGUGGGAAGCACGCGAUGGCGUUGACCCUGGACGGGAAGGUCUUUUCUUGGGGUGAAGGUGAAGACGGGAAGCUCGGACAUGGCAAUCGAGUUACGCUGGAGAAGCCCAAAUUGCUGGAGAGUUUGAGAACGAAACGAAUUCGGGAUAUUGCUUGUGGGUCGAGUCAUAGCGCCGCGAUCACCAGUUCCGGGGAGUUGUACACCUGGGGAUUGGGAGAGUACGGCCGGUUGGGUCACGGAGAUAACUGCACCCAGCUGAAGCCCAAGUUGGUGACGGCGCUGCAAGGUCAUCGCGUGGUUCAGGUCGCCUGUGGAAGUCGUGACGCUCAGACGCUCUGUUUGACCGAGGAAGGUCUGGUGUUUUCCUGGGGUGACGGAGACUUUGGCAAGCUUGGACGGGGAGGAUCGGAAGGGUGUUCGGUGCCGCAUCAGGUCGAGCGGUUGAACGGAGUUGGAGUUGUGCAGAUCGAGUGUGGAGCGCAGUUUAGUCUGGCGUUGACCAAGAUCGGUGAGGUGUGGACUUGGGGCAAGGGUGAUUACUACCGGCUGGGUCAUGGAACGGAUCAACACGUGAGGAAGCCGACCCCCAUCCAAGGACUCCGUGGUAAGAAGGUCAUACACGUUGCGGUUGGUGCGCUGCACUGCUUGGCAGUUACGGACAGUGGCCAGGUAUUUGCCUGGGGUGACAACGAUCAUGGUCAGCAAGGUUCUGGCAAUACCGUAGUCAACAAAAAGCCGAACCUCGUGCUUGGCUUGGACGGAGUCUUCGUGAACCGUGUAGCUUGCGGCAGUUCGCACUCCGUUGCCUGGAGUCUACCGCAAAACCCCUCGGAAAAAGACAAAAAAGAACCCGUUCCAUUCGCCGUAAGCAAAGAUCCCCUCGGAAGUCACAGCCUCGGAAUCUACGCGCUAGACAGCGAGCCAACGACUUCCCAACCCCAACUCGGCGCAACCAGCGCCAAACAGCAGCGCCCGUCCCUGUCCGAGAGUGUCCUCUCGCUGGAAACCUACGGAGCCCGCCAAGCCGCCCUGUCUCACAUCCUGAACUCGAUGAGCAUCCUGCACGCGCGAUCAUCCAUCAUCGCGUCCCUCACCUGCCACUCGCAGCUCACCGUUCAGGACAAGGCCUGCUUCAACGAAACGCGACCGAUCACGCCGGUCUCCGACAACGAUCACGACGAGCCGAAAGCGGACGCUGAGGUCGUUCAGCAACAGCAGAACGAGGUGAUCGCGCACGGGGGUGGUGAAGGACCGGCGGACGUGUCCGGACUGAUCCAGACCAACGACAUUGCCGACUGUGACAUUCCGAUCGUGUCCGGCAUGAACAACACGCUUAGUGCGUACCGCAGCUUGACCGGCUCGCUUUCGCUUUCGGCGUCAAUCUCCAGCUGUAACGCGACGCAAAGGCAUUCGAAGAUGUCGGCUAGUGCGAUGUCCGUGAUGGCCGCGACAAUGACGCAUCACGAUGAGAUGAUGCACGAUCACCCGGUCAACAGCGGGUUGGACGACUUCACCGCACUGCUCGGCGAGUCCGAAGCGAAGCACUUGAUCGAGCUGCUCAAGCUGAGCGUUUCGGGGCGGACUGGUCCGGCGAACACGGCGGAGACGAUCGCCAACACGUUGAUUGCGCUGGCGAAGGGAAGCACCACGAUCUCGAACAUGCUGAUCGAGACGUGCAUCACGGAGCUGGAGGAUCUGUGCACCUCGCGGCACUCGCUGGGCAAGCCGAAGCCGGUCGUGCAGGAGACGAGCCAUCCGUACAUUGAUGAUAUUACGCUUGUUGGUCACGUCAAGAUCCCUGGCGCGGAAGCGCUUCGCAUCGAGUUUGACAGCCAGUGCUCGACGGAACGGCGCAACGACCCGUUGAUCAUAAUUGACGGUGCAGGUAGGGUGGUGGCAACCCGAUCCGGUCGCGAGUGGGCUCAAUGGGCACCGGAGAUCAGGAUCGCGGGUGACGAGAUGCGCUGGAAGUUUACCAGUGACAACUCGGUCAACGGGUGGGGUUGGCGCUUCUUCGUUCACGCGAUCAUGCCCGAGUCGUACCUGCAGGAGUUGGGAUCGGACAGGACCGUACUGUCGCAGCCGUCGAUCGCGAUGGUUAUGGCGCUGCUGGAUUCUACUCUGGCGCCAACUAGUGGAACUACGUUGACUCGGUUGACGGCUGCACUGUCGCAGUGUGCCCAGCUGAGUUCGCUCACGGUAAGCCAAAGAAUCUGGUCGCUGAAGAAGAUGCAUCAAUAUCUGACGACCAAAGACGCACCCAAGAUGGCGGAGACGGCCAUGACGGACAUCCUCAGCCCGUUGAUCCCAAUUAUCCUUCGGCAGUACGAGUACGAAGAACCGCAGGUUCGCAGCGGGCUUCAUCUGAUGCAUUCCGAGUACUUCAAGACGUUGGUGGCGCUCGCUAGCGAUAUGCAGCUGGACUCGAUGCUUCCGAAUGGGGAUGCCCACAAGUGGGCUUGGUUCCGACGGUACUGCUCGGCUGUGCGAGUUGCACAGUCGUUGAUUCGACGGGUUGCGCUACCGGCGACGUUCACGCUGGAGGUUCGCAAGAAGCUGAUCGAGAUCGCAUCGCCAGCGACGAAUCCGGCUCUGCCGACGAGUGCCAACAGCUUGACCAGCAGUAACUGCUCGUUGAUCCAGCACACCUCGAGUGGCUCGAAUUUGAGUCAGUUUGAAAUUGGUGUUGUGACGGAGAUCGAAUCGAUCGACACGUCUAAGUAUGUGCACGAGGAUCAUAGCUUCUUCACGCCGCAGUACGAUUCGCAGCUGUUGCAGUGGUUCAACCGAAGGCCUGAAGAUUGGGCGUUUUCGUGGGGUGGUGCUAGCACGAUCUUCGGCUGGGGUCAUAACCACCGAGGUCAGUUGGGUGGGCUGGAUGGAAGCAGGAUCAAGAUGCCGACUCCGUGUGAGGCGUUGAGCUUGUUGCGGCCGAUUCAGAUCGCUGGAGGAGAGCAGACGUUGUACGCGGUGACGCCCGAUGGGAAGUUGUACGCGACUGGGUAUGGAGCCGGUGGUAGGUUGGGGAUUGGAGGAACAGACUCCGUGUCAACGCCAACGCUGGUGGAAUCGCUGCAGCACGUGAUCAUCAAGAAGGUCGCGGUGAACUCGGGCGGGAAGCACUGUUUGGCGCUGUCGUCGGAUGGAGAAGUGUUUUCAUGGGGUGAAGGAGAAGACGGGAAAUUGGGUCAUGGAAACCGGGAUAGCUACGAUCGGCCGAAGUUGAUCGAGGCACUAUCCGGGAUCGGAGUGGUGGACAUUGCAUGUGGAAGCGCACACUCGGCUUGCAUAACGUCGCAAGGGCAUGUUUUGACCUGGGGUAAGGGACGGUACGGACGGUUGGGUCAUGGAGAUUCCGAGGAUCAGCUGCAGCCAAAGUUGGUGGAAGCGCUGCUGGGUUAUCGAGCGAUCGAUAUUGCUUGUGGAUCGGGAGAUGCACAGACGUUGUGUAUUACGGACGACGAUAAUGUGUGGAGUUGGGGUGACGGCGAUUACGGCAAGCUUGGCCGGGGUGGUUCCGACGGGUGCAAGAUCCCAAUGAAGAUCGAGAGCUUAGCUGGGUUGGGAGUGAUCAAGGUGGAGUGUGGAUCGCAGUUUUCUGUAGCGUUGACUCGAUCGGGAAGCGUGUACACCUGGGGCAAAGGAGACUACCAUCGGUUGGGUCAUGGUAACACUGAUCACGUACGCAGGCCCAAGAAGGUCGCCGCACUGCAGGGCAAGAAGAUCAUCUCGAUCGCAACGGGAUCGCUGCACUGCGUGGCUUGCAGUGACUCGGGUGAAGUGUUCACCUGGGGUGACAACGACGAAGGUCAGCUUGGGGACGGUACGGUAACGGCGAUUCAACGACCUCGGCUAGUUCAAUCCCUCCAAGGAAAGCACAUCGUGAAGGUCAUCUGCGGAUCCGCCCAUACUCUAGCACUGUCGACAUAUCAGCUUAGCGAAGCCGUCCGACCUCCGCCCAGUCCUCCGCUGGAGUACGACCUGGUGCGGGACAUUGCUCCAGAAGUUCUUCACGCCCGUCUCGUUCUACUCCAUCACUUUUCCGAACUGAUCUGCCCGGGACUAGCGAUGCUACCAAUCUCCGGCGAACUCUCGCUCGGUGCCCUGAAGGACAUCCUGGUGUACUCGAUCAAGGAGGCCGGCUUCCGGAAGGUCAUCCAAACGACCAUGGUGCGGGACAAACCGCACGGACCAGUGAUCGAGCUGAAUCGGAUCCAGGUGAAGCGAUCGCGGAUGCGCUCCGGCAAUGGACUUGCAGGCGUUGACGGCAUGAAGAGUGUGUUUGGUCAGAUGGUCCAAAAGUUACCACUUCUGACGCAAGAAGCCCUGUCGAUGCCCCACCGCGUGUGGAAGGUAAAGUUCGUUGGGGAAAGCGUAGACGACUGCGGAGGUGGAUUCAGCGAGUCGAUCGCCGAGAUGUGUGACGAACUGCAGAACGGCAGCAUUCCGCUGUUGAUUCAGACGCCGAACGGCCGGGGCGAAGCCGGUGCCAACCGGGAUUGCUUCCUGUUGGAUCCGACGCUCAGCUCGGUGCUGCACAUGAACAUGUUCCGCUUUUUGGGCGUCCUGAUGGGCAUCGCCGUGCGGACGGGAUCGCCGUUGAGCUUGAACUUGGCCGAACCAGUCUGGCGGCAGUUGUGUGGAGAAACCCUUCGGCCGUCCGACCUCACGGAGGUAGACCGGGACUACAUCACCGGUCUGCUGUACAUCCGCGACAUCGAGGACGAUCCGAAGGUGUUUGCGUCCAUGGAGCUGCCUUUCUCGACGCCGUCGGCCAAGGGCCACGAGGUGCCACUAUCCACAAGAUUUACCAAAAUCACCCCGGAGAACCGCAACGAGUACGUCAAGUUGGCCCUCAACUACCGAAUCCACGAGUUUGACGAGCAGCUCAAAGCCGUCCGCGACGGCAUGUCCAAGGUCAUCCCGGUGCCGCUCCUCUCGCUCUUCUCCGCCGCCGAACUGCAAGCCAUGGUCUGCGGAUCCCCGGACAUCCCGCUCUGCCUCCUGAAAACCGUCGCCACCUACAAGGGCGUCGAAUCGACCGCUCCGCUCGUCCAGUGGUUCUGGGAGGUGAUGGAAGAGUUCACCAACCAGGAGCGAUCGCUGUUUCUGCGGUUCGUGUGGGGUCGGACGCGACUUCCCCGCACGAUCGCCGACUUCCGCGGGCGGGACUUUGUGCUGCAGGUGCUGGACAAGUACAACCCGCCGGAUCACUUCCUGCCCGAGAGCUACACGUGCUUCUUCCUGCUCAAGAUGCCGCGGUAUUCGUGCAAGGCUGUGCUGCAGGAGAAGCUCAAGUAUGCGAUAUACUUCUGCAAGAGUAUCGACACGGACGAGUACGCUCGCGUAGCGAUGGGAGAUCCGACGGAAGCGACCGGAAGUGAGGACAACAGCGAUAUUGAAUCGAUUGCUUAAGGUGACUAGUGAAAUCGUGCCUCAGCCUGAGCCUGUUAACGACUGAUUCCACACACACGAUAACAAAACCAUUUUACAAUUCCACGACGAAUUUCUGCUAAACGUGUUUUUUGCUACCAGAGAAGAGUAAACCAAGCAGCUAGUUUGCAUGCAUCUACACUGACUGAAUCCGCGAGUCAAUCCUACUACUUAAUGUUGAAGAAAAAAAAAUGGUGAAUUUGCUAAAAAAGGACGACAACAAUACAAAAACACUUUGCAUUUACAACAACAAAAACUACACUGAACCAAAAAGGCACGACCGUCAUUGCUGGUCGAGCUUAACUGAUAAAUAUACAAAUAAUCACUCACAUUUGAAAAAAAAAAACAAAAAAGAAGAAGUGAAAAGAAGAAAAACAUCCACUCACCUAGCUUCGUGUUUAGAAAAGCUAGAACAACUUUAUGAAUUUUCCGUAAAUUUUUACAUUUUUUUGUUGCUUUGAUUUCAACCUUUAAAAAGCACGCAGAAUUUGGCUUAAAGCAACGACGCUAUCGAGAAAAAAAGAGCAAAUAAAAAAAUGGUGAAAACCAAAAUUUAAAGAAAAGAAAACUCAAUCCAGAUUGAUACAACAAUUAUUAUCAAAGAUUACAUAGAAAUAUUUUAUUAUAGUGUUAUACACAGAAAAAAAUAAACAGAGAAAAUCAAACCAACCAGCUAAAUUACAAGAAGAAAUUAAAAAAAAAGUUAAUAAAGUGGGUUAUUUUUCUAAACUAUAGUUGAGACACGACUGAAAUGACACUCUUGUAGAAUUAAAAUAUGCUUGGUUAGCUAGUUGAAAACCGUUGGUUGCUUGCCGGUAGCACACUUAAAACAUUUGGUGAGAAGUUUUUGGUUGUUUGAGUAAUAAAAUGGCGAUAAUUUCAUCAAAUUUUGAUAAAAAUGGGCUAAAUCAUUUAAAUUUUGAAAGUUUAUUUUUCAUAAAUAAAUACUAUCAGAAGUACCCGAAAAGUAUUGUAGUGUGCAAACUUACAACUGUCAAACGCGUUGGUAAGAACUGUGGUGAGUUUAAAAUGACAGUGGUGAGUUUCGAAUCAUUCAAACUGACCGUUAAAUUGACGUUUGAUGAAAUUCAAAAAAAUAUUUCGUCUGUUUGUCUGUGUUAGAACUGUCAAAACAAUCAAGGUAAAUAUGAGCCAUGGUGAAUUCAUGUUUUUCGUGGUGAGUUUUCGAUCUUUUAAAUUGACUGUUGAAUUGUUUCCAUUUUUUUUUUUAUUGGCAGCUCGCCUACUUUGAUUGAUAUUUUAAUUUGGAUGAAAUUAUCGCUAGCUUUAUUAACGAUAACGAUAAUACAAUCGCAAAUGAUCUUGGAAAUAGCAGCACAUCUUUUUUGCGUUUGGAAAUCUUAGACUGUAGUUUAGAUUGAACACUCACACCGAAGCCUCUUACAGAAAAGAGAGAUCAAAAUCGCGUCCUUUUCAUUCUCAGCCAUCAUUGUUAGAUGCGCGGCUAAAUUAGAGCAUAACCUUAAACAAAAAUUGUAGAGCGUUACAAAAUGUCACCAAAAAGAAGACGAAAAAUAACACAAACACACAUUAUAUCCCUUAGUGAACGAGUUGGGAAAUGAAAUUAAACAACAACCCUUAGCGACCGUACUGAUUAAUGUUAUUGGAAGAAUUAAAACGUCAAACCAAACUCACAACAUGGUGAAGGUAGAAUUGCUUGCUGAAGAACUAAAAGAAAAGAAAAAAAAACAUUAAAUAAGCAGAAAAUAUCCACACUAAUACUGCCGACCUAAACAAAAAAAAAAAACGAGCAGCAAAACGCAGUCUCACACAGUCAAACUCACGCUAGUUUUAUGUAUAUUUAUAAAAUAAAUAACAACAAAAAUCGCCUAAUUUAUUACAGAAAUCGUUUUCCCCUCUCGCUUAAGAAAUCUCGCCGCGCGAAAUCACUUCGUCGCAUCGCCGCAUAUCACGACUUUGGUUUAAUUUUAAGUAGCAGCUAUUAGAGAAAAAAAAAUCUAGAAAACAAUCUAGAUUGAUCGCGCUUCGCGCGCGGACAGUAUUGUUCCUUUCUUUUCGGUUCUCUUACAACACAGUACUACCUACUAUUACUACUAAAAACUACAAAUAAAUAAGCACGCAGCAAAGUUAGAACAAACACACACACUGUUAGUGAAGAAGAGAGAUUUAGAUUCUAGAUAAAUGCCAGUUGAGUUUGUGAAGAGUGUCGAAAGACUAACGUUUAAAAAUGCAAAAAAAACGAUGAAAACUGAUGAAAUUGUCCAGGAGAAAAACGACUGAUUAACUUCCGGUCUAAGGUGGAAAUGAGCUGAAAAAAAAAGGGAGAGAAAUUUGAGAAUGUUUUGAGAGUCGGUUCGAACAGCUUUCGUUUUAAGUAUUUGUCUCCAAUAGUUUGCUUGCGUGUGAGUCUGGUGUAUGUUCAGAAUAUGUUUUAUUUUACAUUCUGUGAUUCUUUUUUUAUGUUGUAUUUUUUACUAUUAUCAAAACUUCCUGCGAAAUGAACCCAACACGAAUAACGGAUUAAACAAUCAUAUAUAUGUGUCUUCAGAGAAAAAA